GUGGUGCACAGGGCAGAGAUUAAUAUAAAGCCAUGGCAUAUUUUGUUGGGAGGGUUGAAAGAAGGCACUACGAGGAUACCAUGGCUGAACAGAGAGCCUUAUGCUUACUGGAAAGGUAAUCCAGCUGUUGCUGAAACCAGACAAGAUCUCAUGAAAUGCAAUGUUUCUGAAAAUCAAGAUUGGAAUGCUCGUUUAUUUGCCCAGGAUUGGUUUCGAGAAUCACAAGAGGGGUUCAACAAAUCAGACUUGCCAAGUCAAUGCACUUAUAGAUAUAAGGUGUACAUUGAAGGUUCUGCUUGGUCAGUCAGUCAAAAAUACAUUCUGUCAUGUGACUCUACCACUCUACGUGUACGACUACAUGUUUCAUCUCCUGAAUUCAUAUGCUAAACUCUUCAGAUACAAACCCUCCAUAAGUGCUAAUGCUACAGAACUAUCUGUGGAGUCAAUGGUUUGUGGAGCAGAAGGAUCAGUAAAGAAAUUUAUGAUGGAAUCAUUGGUCAAGGUUCCUGCAAAUGGUAAUAUAUAGGUAGUAUUUGAGUUAAGCUCAU